UUCAGUAACUUGGGUUCACUAGCGCUGUAGACGUGGUCGUGGUCUUGGUCAAGCUUGAAAUAUUACAUUUUAAUUUUGACGUUUCUUGGAUGGCACUAGAAGCUUUCUUGGGGUCCAUGGUGACUUAUUUUGCAGUUAUAAGCACUAAAAACACUGGGAUAAUGUGAAAUGUACCGAAUGUAUGCGUAGAUGCGACCACACUGGCUGGCUUGUAAACGCUGGUGCUUAGGCCACACAUGGGAUGCGUCCCGGAUGAAUCACGUAAGGCUGCUGUUGGGUGUUAUUGUGGUUUUAGUAGCUGUGGGACCAGUAAUGGCAAGAAAGCAACUCCCAACCUUUCCACAGUAUCCACACCAUGAUGAAGUUGUCAAGCUUGCUGUUAGUCAGAACAACUUUACACGUGAUCUAUAUGUGCAAAUAGCUCAGAGGAGUUCGAGAAAUCUCUUCUUCUCCCCGUUUAGUAUUGUGAUGGCUAUGGGAAUGACGCAUGCUGGGACAGCUGGCAACACUGAGAAAGAGGUGCAUGCAGUUCUGCAUCUCUCUCAGGAUAAGGAUGCAAUGCAUAAUGCCUUUCAAGAUAUUGUCACUGAUCUGAAGACUGAAGCAGCUGACUAUGAGCUCAGGACAUCCAACAUGGCUUAUGUUUCUCAUAAAAUGACUUUGUUGAGUAACUUUGAAUGCAUUCUAAAAGAAAAGUACCUGAGUUAUGCAAAGACUGUAAAUUUUGAAGAAAGUGAAAAAGUAAAGCAGGAGAUAAAUGAUGCUGUUGAAAAGGAGACCAAUUCCCGCAUUAAGAAUCUCAUUCCAUCAGGUAUAUUGGAUUCUUUAACAAGAAUGGUGCUGGUGAAUGCAAUUUACUUUAAAGGCCUAUGGGAAAAUCAGUUUAAGAAAUCAGAUACACAUGACCAGAUGUUUUGGCUAUCAGAAAGUGAGAGUGUCAAAAUCCCAAUGAUGAACGUAAAGUCUGAUUUUCAUUUAAAGCACAAUAAGGACCUGGAUGCAGAUAUUCUAGCAUUGGAUUAUAAGGGAUCUAGACUGAGCAUGGUGCUUGUGUUGCCUACCAAGCGUGAUGGAUUAGCAGAGCUUGAAGCAAAACUAGCUACCACAGAUUUGAAUGAUUUAGGCAAGAGGAUGCAUAAAAGCAAAGUAGUGGUCACCUUACCUAAGUUCAAGCUGGAAGAAUCACUUUUUUUGAAUGAACAUUUGGCGAAGAUGGGUAUUAAAGACCUAUUUGAUGUGAAUCAUUGUGAUUUGUCUGGGAUCACUGGCACCAACGAUCUUUAUGUUUCCCACGUGAUUCACAAAGCCUUCCUGGAGGUUAAUGAGGAGGGUAGUGAAGCUGCUGCAGCUACAGAAAUGUUUGGAUGAAUGCGUGAAGUAUAUGCUCAUUCACCAAGAGACGCUGGGAGA